AUGUCCACUUCCUAUGACAGUGAGCCCGACUCUGUGCUGAUCAACAAGACCCCGGAGGGCAUCACGACCAUCACCAUCAACCGCGAGGCACGGCGCAACGCCGUCGACGGCCCCACGGGCAAAAAGCUUACAGACGCCUUCCUCGCCUUCGAGGACGAUCCCACGCAAAAGGUCGCCGUCUUCCACGGCGCCCACGGGACCUUCUGCGCCGGCUUCGACCUGCACGAGGUGGCCAAGUUCGGUCAGGGCGGGUCCGGCGGGUCCUACGGCGGCCCCCUCGUGUCCCCGGACCAUCGCGUCGAGGGGCGCAACAUCGGGCCCAUCGGCCCCUCGCGGAUGCAGAUCAAGAAGCCCGUCAUCAGCGCCGUGUCCGGCUACGCCGUCCGCCGGUGGCCUCGAGCUGUCGCUGCUUGGGCGAACCUGCGCGUCGCUCGAGGAAGACGCCGUCUUCGGCGUCUUCUGGCCGUCGGUGGGGCGUCAUCGACGCGGACCGUGCGCUGCAAGCAUUCAUCGCCUCGGUCGCGCCUCGACAUGAUCCUCACGGGCCGGUCCCGUCGACGCCCGAAAGGCCCUGCAGAUGGGUCUCGCGAACAGGGUCGUGCCCAAGGGCCAGGCGCUGGGAGGAGGCGACGCAGAUUUGCGAGGCAGCUGCUGCUGUUCCCGCAGCUCUGCAUGAACACGGACCGGGCGAGCUGCUACUACGCGGCCUACAAUGCUAGUUCGUUUGAGGACGCCCUGAGCAGGGAGUUCGACGAGGGUAUCAAGGUCGUUACGGCGGAGAGCGUGUCGGGCGCUGCCAAGUUCAGCAGUGGGGCUGGCAGGCAUGGUGCUUUCGAGAGGCCCGAGGACGGGGCCAAACUUGCUUGA